UAAAAGGCCAAAAUUCGCACUCGGAGGCUUAUUCUGCAACGUUUACUUGCACUCAACUCAUAGACAUGUCUGCCCAGUCCGCUUUCCGUCGCAACCUUGGCCACUGGUUCGCCGUUGAGGCGAUUCCUAUCUACAUCAUCAUGGGCGGUGCGGUCACUGGCGCUGCCUGGUACGCGUCGCGUCUCGCGCGGGCUCCUCACGUCGUCUGGUCGCGCGAGAACGCCACGCCGUGGAACACCAUCCAGCCCAACCAGAGCCCGAAGAUGUUCAACGUCAACCAGGAGUUCGAGUCCAAGUGGAACCGCAAGCUUCUGUAAUGAUGUUGCUGGUUAUCUUUAUUCGGAGUCUGUCCCUCUCGCACUGCUAUAUUCGCGCUCUGUACAUGUUCUCUACCCUCGUUGGAUAAUACAUCCAGGCUUGUAAACGACGAA